UAAAAGGAAACUUAAAUCUUUAUUCGACAACAAAAAUCCAAGAGGUUUGAUCAAGCUGUGGCUAAAGUUGCGACAACUUUCAUUCUCAAAACAAGUAGGAUCACACCAAGUUCAGAAGACGGUAAUGUGCUCGUAUUGAAAGGGAAGCCCUCCUUAUCAUAGGGAAACACAACUUUCGAUUUAGAUCUUGAACUAAGAUAAUCACAAAUUGUAAGUAACCAGAGAUGAACCACCCAGUGUUUCAUAGGAAGAACAAUCAACGUAAUUCCUCGCAUCGUCCAGAGGUUCAGUAGGCCCAGGGCCGGCCGAAGAAAACCAUUUAUUUUCGACGGUCAAGAACUGGAAUCUCGGGCAGAAAUCUUCCCUACGAGCUCAAUGACGAGGGAAAUAGUCAUUGAGGACGGCACAUUUACUUAUCUUCAACAAGGAAUCCAAGACAGUUGACAUCACUUUUGGUUGAAAAGUUAUUUUGACAAUGAACCUCAAGGAGCGACGGUUGUUUGAAAUUCGCGACCGAACUCUUUCCAAUGUGGACGAUUCUACUAUUCCGCGAAAGCUGAGGACUUCGACCUCGUUAGAUCUCAACGAUUGCAUCACUUUGGACGUGAAAAAUGAGGCGAAGGUUUUGGUUCUCUAUACUGGUGGCACCAUUGGGAUGGUCAGAAACGCCGAGGGUGUCCUUGCUCCUCAGCCUCAUGCAAUGGAGGCCACCAUAAGAGCCACCAUUAACAUGCACGACGAGAAAUAUUCGAAUUUAAGGUUUCAACAAGAGAUUCGAGUCAGAAGCUCCAAGAAUCAAGAUCCUUGCCUUCUACCUUUGGUGCUACCCCAUGUACCCAAUCACAAACGGGUGAUCUACAGCAUCUAUGAGUACGAUCCUCUUUUGGACUCGAGUAAUAUGACCAUGGAUGAUUGGAUCACCAUCGCCAACGACAUCAAGAAUGCUUAUGAAGCGUUUGACGGUUUCGUGGUUCUCCACGGAACUGACACUCUCGCUUACACGGCUUCGGCUCUGUCCUUCAUGCUUGAGCACUUGGGUAAACCCGUGAUUAUCACUGGUUCCCAAAUCCCUUGCUUCGAAACCCGCUCCGAUGGACGGGACAACUUUGUAGGCGCUCUGAUUUUGGCGGGCAACUAUAAUAUCCCCGAAGUGACAGUCUACUUCCGUCAUCAACUCAUGCGUGGAAAUCGGACGAUCAAAGUCAGCUCCGAGGACCUUGAUGCAUUCGACAGCUUAAACAUGCCCCCUCUCGUCAAGGCAGGGAUCGACUUCGAAGUUGACUACAACGCCAUCUUCCAACCGAAAACAAUUGAGAAAUUUCGAGUCCACUCCAUGCUCAAUAGAAAUGUUGUUCUACUCCGACUAUUUCCAUCCAUUCAUAGCGAAACCAUGGCGCAUUUCCUGAUGCCACCAAUCCAAGGCGUGGUCCUUCAAUGCUAUGGCGCCGGGAACAUCCCCACGAAUCGCAAAGAUAUCUUGAAGCACAUCAAAGACGCUGUCGCUCGAGGUGUCAUCAUCCUGAGUGUGACCCAAUGUUCUCAAGGCGGUGUCAGUCCUUUGUAUGAGACUGGAAAGGCUUUGAUGGAUGUUGGUGUCUUGCCGGGAUGUGAUAUCACCCCAGAAGCUGCUCUUACUAAGCUCAGCUAUGUCUUGUCCAAGGAUGAAUGGUCCUUAGAGCAGAAGCGUGAGAAAAUGCAGGCCAAUUUGGCCGGGGAAAUCACGGUUCUCAAUUUGAAGGCCAAAUCUCGAAACGAUAAGGUUUUCUUGAACGAGCUCGAAAUCAUUCAAGAGGUAGCCAAAUCACUGAAUCUGACCACUUCUGAAGAGGUGAAAGAAGUGGAGAAGAUCUUGUUUCCCUCCAUCCUUUGCUCAGCAGUGUAUAAGGGCGAAAUCAAAACCAUCAUGGCCCUCAAUGAUAAUGGUGUUAAUUGGGGAAUGAGCGAUUACGAUCAACGGACUCCUCUUCACGUGGCCGCCAGCGAGGGGAAAACGGAGCUCGUGGAAUAUCUUCUCAAAAAUGGGGCCAGUGUCCAUGCCCGUGACCGCAACAACGAUUCCCCAUUAAGAUGUGCAAUUGAUGCCGAGCAUGAGGAAGUCAUCGCAUGUUUGGUGUCUUGCGGAGCUCAUCUUCUCAUCGGCAAGUCCGAAUUGGGGGAGGUUCUUUGCUCUUUAGCUCGUCAAGGCAAAAAGAAAAGGCUGCACUGUUUCAUGUUGGGUGGAGCCAAUUUGAACGUUAAGAAUUUAACUCAUCAAACCGCCUUGCAUUCCGCCGUUGAAACGGGACGCAUUGAUAUCGUCGAGUACUUGAUUACUCAAGGGGUGAAGAGCAAGGAGCAAAACUUGUACGGGCAGACCCCGUUAGCGAUCGCCACGGUUUUGAGGAGGACGGAAAUUUCCGACAUGUUGAGGGCGUAUCAUGGAGACUUUUAGGCAUUUUUUUCACCGAGUUCCGAAAAAUAUUGGAGGUUGUAAAUUGCCAACUAAAAUUUGUUGCGAUUAGUUGAGCAAUGUCAUCACGGAAAAAGCGUUGUGAAUUUAUUUCAUCUGAAUAGAAUACAAUAAUUGAGAAUUCGUA